AUGGCCGAUCUAUCAUCUCUCUCCUUUGUCACCGACAACCCCGCCGCCGCGGCCAUCAAGGAUGCAUACACCUCGUUCGCCGAGCGAAGGGCGCUGCUCAACCUGCCCAAUCCCGGAACCGUGGACAACAUCGCGCGGGAGGUCCAGAAGGAGGUCAUGCUGUCCAACUUCAUGUUCUCGGGUCUCCGAGCAGAUCUGACCAAGGUGUUCGGCAUGUCUCCCCUGUUCCGCGUCUCGCACGCCUUCUCCAUGGGCUCGUCGGGAAAUCUGCCACCGUACGCUUUCUCCGCCAUGUACGGCAGCCCCAAGGUUUUCAUGCAAGGCAACUUCGGCAGUGACGGCUCUCUCGCUGCGGUCUACAACUGGCGCUGGAACCAGUCGUUGGUCACCAAGACCAACGCUCAGAUCAUGCAGGGUGGCGCUCAAGGCCUGCUCCAGAUUGACAACGACUAUACCGGUUCCGAUUUCUCCGCAUCUCUCAAGGCAUUCAACCCGUCCUUCCUGGAAGGUGGUCUGACCGGCAUCUUCGUGGGCAGCUACCUGCAGUCCGUCACCCCCAGCCUGGCUCUUGGUUUCGAGGCAAUCUGGCAGCGCCAGGGUCUCAACGCUCGUCCAGAGACUGCUCUUUCCUACUGCGGCAAGUACAAGGGUGAGGAUUGGAUUGCUACCGCCCAACUGCAGGCCCAGGGCACCUUCGCCGCCACGUACUGGCGCAAGCUCUCUGAGCGGGUCGAGGCUGGUGUCGAUAUGAACCUCCAGUUCGCUCCCAAUGCGGCUGCCCUCAUGAUGGGCGGUCCCAGCCGUGACGGGACCACCGCCAUUGGUGCCAAGUAUGACUUCCGGGCCUCCUCAUUCCGCGCUCAGGUCGAUAGUGCCGGCAAGGUUAGCUGUCUCCUGGAGAAGCGGAUCGCCAUGCCCAUCUCUCUUACCUUUGCUGGUGAGAUUGACCAGGCCAAGCAAACCGCCAAGGUCGGCCUCGCGGUCUCGCUCGAGAUCGCUGGCGAGGAGUUGAUGGAGCAACAGGAGAAGGCCGAUGCUGCUAACAUCCAGCCGCCGCCGUUCUAA